AUGGGAAGCCAGUGGAUUCUGCGCUGCAGAGGGAGAGGUGACCUCGGCGCCGCAGCGACCAUGGGCCGCGAGUUUGGGCAUCUGAUGCGGGUGCGGCCCGUGAUCACCUACAGCUUAUUGCCCUUGGAGCUGCCUUGGAGUGCCUUCCCGCACUACUUCAGCAAGGGCACGCCCAACAUGAACAUGCUGCACCGCACUCGGGCAUGCAUGCUUCAUGUCGUGCCGCCAUUUGUAGUGUUUUAUUUUGUCUACACAGGGGGAACACUGGAGUUUGAGAAAUCCAGGAGGAAGAAUCCAGCUGCCUAUGAAAAUGACAAAUGAACAACUCAUCUGGAUAAUGGUCCCUUGUCUCUGAAAGACUCUUCUCUGGGAGAGGAGUCUACAUUGUAGUGUCUCAAAGACACAAUAAACUUAUUAGAG